AUGCCAACAAAACCGUGGGAUUCGGGAACACCCCAGCUCUGCGCUGUAUUUCCCAGUAUUAACUGCGAUAUCCUCUCUUUUAUUCCCCCCUACUCCAGCUGGGAUGCUGCAUAUGAGAGAGAACUGCAAACUUUUCAAGACAUUGGAGAUGCCGGGGAAAUCUGGUUUGGAGAGGAAAGCAUGGUGCGCAUCAUCAGGUGGCUGGAAAAACACGGGGUCCCCCUGGACAGCUCUGUGCUCGACAUUGGAACUGGGAACGGUGUUUUGCUGGUGGAAUUGGCAAAGUCUGGCUACGUGAAUCUCACAGGGAUUGACUACUCUCCCUCUGCAAUACAGCUUUCAGAAAAAGUAAGAGAGAAAGAAGGGAUGUCUAACAUUAAAUUAAAGGUAGAAGACUUCCUGGCCCCAUCAGCUGAACUGUCAGGCUUUGACAUUUGUAUUGACAAGGGGACUUUUGAUGCCAUAAGCCUCAAUCCCGACGACGCGGCGGGGAAGCGGCAGCAGUACGUGAGAUCCCUGUGCAGGGUGUUGAAACCACAGGGCUUUUUCCUCAUCACAUCUUGCAACUGGACCAAGGAGGAGCUGCUGAACGAGUUCAGAGAAGGAUUUGAAAUUCUGGAGGAGCUGCCAACACCCAAGUUUUGCUUUGGAGGAAGAAUUGGAAACAGUGUAACAGCAUUGGUUUUCCAAAGGAAAAAAACGAGGCCAUCCAUCUUGGACAAAUUAGAUUAGAUGAGAAAAGUCUGAACUUUAAACCUGACAGAAAACCUCAGACACGUGUGUAAAUAAAUGCUUUUUGAGUGCACAGUAAAAUACUCUGUAUGGAACUCUAAGGGGCUAUAAAACAUUGCCCUAGAAA